AUGCUAGAUCGCAAUGGUCAUCGACGAAAGCCGUUCUCGACCUGGGUGAAGAGGCUCACCAAUUUCAAGUCGUCUGAUCCCGCGAAGCGACAUGGCAAGAAGAAGAAGGAGACAAAGACCAACAACCCUUACCCUGAGUCAGGUUUCGUCAGCAACCAGCAAUCCAACGAGGAGAGCGCGCCCUCCUUUGCCAGCCCUCGAACCUGCAGUCGCGCAUCUGUCGAGCGAUCCAGUGGUGCACCCGCGGAAACCACCGACGCGCCGGAAAUCGAAAUACGCCAUACGGGAACAGCCUCGACCGAACAGGAGGCACCUCACUCCGGUGCUCAGAGCCAUGGCGCGAGCUCUGUGACAGGCACGAAUCACACGGCAGGUGGUGGCUUGGAGUCCAGACGAGGUGGCGACAGCACGUUUUCCAGCCCAGCACCAUCAGUACGGUCCAUGGCGACAACACUCACGACCAUCCAAUCUGUGGCGCCCAAUGGCGGUACUAGCGGGACAGUGCCGCAGCAAAGUAAUCCCCAGGCUAUUCAGUUCAGUCAGCCAUUCCCAACAAACUCGCCUGCAUCCGCCAUCCCACCGCAUCUCGCGCCGACCGGCCAACCGAACACGUACUCAGCCGCCACGGCGCAUGGCUUGCUGACGGACAAUGCAUCCAUACUGACACUUGCGUCUUCGAGCAAACGUCGUCGCCGGCGUUCCAUGGACACGGACGCGUCGGUUCGUGCCCUUGCGCCAUCCUCUGUGUGGGGAGGAAGCCGCGAGAGCCUGCCAUUGAGCGUUUUGAGCGGCAAUGUGGAACCAUCCAGUCACGGGAAUGCAAGCGCCUUGUAUGGCAACACGCCGCGCAUCAAUGCGGAGCGCAACAGCAUCUACUCCUUCACAGGUGUGCCGCCCGCCGUGUCGGGCGAUCGCAACAGCUACUACGCCAAGCAAGCCGACGGCGCGAGUGUCCGGAGUGUGCGACCUGGGCACACGAGGACGGAGAGUAUGGGCGCAAUCAGCGCCGGACCCAACAGCCCUCUGGCGGGGGUUCCCGCAGAGAAGGAUGAUAUCGCCUGUCAUGGGAGGACCCACUUUACCAGCGUCAUCGCUGGCGUGAACCUCCAGGCUCCAGCUCCAGCUCCAGCAUCUCGACUCCGCCAACCACGCGUCAACCAUAGCCCCUGCUAUCCAUGUUCCGCCAACAUGGCCAUUUCGUGGAAGUCCUUUGACUUCUUCGACGUCGCCCAAAUCGCCCUCGCCGACCCCGACACCCAAUGCCUCCUCGAAAGCAGCGACAUCUCCAGCCUCUGCGCCGGGUCCGACAGCCUCUUCCUCGGCACCCAAGAUGGCCUUGUGAACAUUAUCGGCAAGAGCUGGAAGGUGAUCCGUCGAUUCCAGGCGCACGAUGCGGGCCGCAUCACCCACAUGCGUCAGGUGGAGGGGACGAGCCUGCUGGUGACAGUCGCGGAAGAGACGAGCGCUGAUCCGGUGCUCAAGGUCUGGGCGCUGGACAAGCUCGUGAAGAAGACGGAGAUGCCGACAUGUCUGAGUACGGUGAGCGUCAGCAACGCGAGGCGGCAGUUUCCCAUCUCGGCAUUCGUGGCGAUGGACGACUUGAAGCAGAUUGCGGUCGGGUUCGCCAAUGGGUCGGUUACGCUGAUCCGCGGUGACUUGAUACACGACCUAGGGACGAAGCAGCGGGUCGUCUUUGAGUCGGAGGAGCCUGUGACAGGGGUGCAGCUCUCGAUGGACGACCAGCUGGCGACGACGCUCUUCGUCUCAACGACUUCGAGGAUCCUCAAGGUUGGCAUCACGAGGAGGGGCCAAGGCCUGCCCCCUAAGACGGUCGAGGACAGUGGGUGCGGCUGGGGUUGCAUGACGGUCGACAGACGAACGGGCGACGUUGUGGUAGCGAGGGACGACGCGAUAUACACAUAUAACCUCGAGGGGCGGGGCCCACCGAAAGCGUACGAGUCGCCGAAAAAGUCCAUUACCAUGUUCAAGGAGUACGCUGCGCUGUCGUGUCCUCCUAAUAACAGUGGACGAGACCCGGAGUCGAUGCGGAUGAGGUUUGGUGGAGGAGCUGGCGAUGCAUUCCUCCACGCGUCCACCUUUGUGCUUUUGGAGCCGGAUUUGAGGAUCAUUGCACACACAGAGACUCUCAUCUCGCCGGUGCGCUAUAUCUUUGAGGUCUGGGGUGAUUUGUACACCAUGAGCGAGGAUGGCAAAGUCUAUCGUUACCAUGAGAAGACGCUCCAACAACGCUUGGAGAUGCUCUACCAGCGCAAUAUGUUCCCUCUCGCUAUCGAACUCGCCAGCAACUCGGGUCUGGAUGCCGACCAACAAAGCCUUAUUUUCCAGAAAUUCGGCGAUCACUUAUACCAAAAAGGCGACUAUGAUGGCUCCAUGGUGCAGUAUAUCCGUGCCAUCGACGCUACAGAGCCGUCACAGGUGAUCAGAAAGUUCCUCGACAGUCAGCAGAUACACAAUCUCAUCCUAUAUCUGGAGCAACUUCAUGAGCAUCGGAAAGCGACGGCCGAUCAUACAACGUUAUUAUUAAAUUGCUAUGCCAAGCUCAAGGACAUUGACAAGUUGGAGAAGUUCAUCAAAUCGCCAGGCGAUCUCAAAUUCGACCUGGACACGGCGAUUGCCAUGUGUCGGCAGGGCGGUUACUACGACCAGGCGGCGUACCUUGCGCGGAAACACGGGGAGAUUGACCUGGUGGUGGACAUUCUGGUCGAGGACUCCAAGAACUACGCUGAAGCCGUGGACUUUAUCUGGCAUCAAGACCCAGAGGUGGCGUAUCCGUCGAUGCAGAAGUAUGCGCGCGUCUUCAUCGAGAACUGUCCGCAAGAGGCGACGAAGCUGUUUGUGGAAUACUAUACCGGCAAGUACAAGCCGAAGCGUACCGCGCUGCCGACAGUCGACGAUGAUUCCCAGCAAGGCAGCGGUUUCGCGGCGGGUGCCGCAAACGCGGUAUCCAAUAUAUCGCAUCUGCUACCGCUGCCUUAUAUGAAUGCAACGUCAGUGUCUUCCGGCAACGGCACACCGACCAACGGGAGGCCGACGCUCAGUGAUGGCACCAUCGUUUUGGAUGAGGAUAACUUCCCAGCGCCCAAGUACACGCCGCCUGCACCUCGAACCGCCUUUUCGUCGUUUAUCGAUCACCCAGACGAGUUUAUUGUCUUUCUGGAAGCAUGCCUGGAAGAGAAGGACCUGAAGGCGGCCGAUCGCACCGAUCUAUAUACCACGUUGUUCGAGAUGUAUCUCUACAAAUCAAGUCAGAAGAAGGGACAGAGUCACCGCGAGGAUUGGGAGGCGCAAGCGAAGAAGCUCAUCGAGGGCGACCACGUGCCAAUGGAGAGCUCCAACGUCCUCUUGCUGUCGCAUUUAUCGAACUUCCGAGACGGCACAGUGCUCGUCAAGGAGCAGGCAGGGCUUCUUUCGGACAUUUUCCGAUCGUAUACCUCCGCCAAGGACACAGCAGGCGCGCUGAAGGCGCUCAAGAAGUACGGUCCCGAAGAGCCGCAAUUGUACCCGGCAGCGCUGGCGUAUCUGACGUCGGACCCGAGCAUACUGGAGGAAGCCGGUCGAGAGGAGCUCGCCGCCGUGCUGUCCAAGAUCGACAAGGAUGGGCUGAUGGCACCUUUGCAGGUGAUCCAGACCUUGGUGGGACAGUCCUCCGGGGGUGGCGUGGCUACCAUGGGCAUGAUCAAGCCCUACCUCAACGAGACCAUCACCCGUGAGCGAAAGGAAAUUUCCUCCAACAAGCAGCGGAUCAACAACUUGCGCACGGACACGGAGAAACGACGAGCGGAGCUCAGCGACCUCGGUUCGAAACCCGCCGUCUUCCAAGCGACCCGCUGCUCUGACUGUGGGCAAGGCUUGGACUUGCCGGCGGUGCAUUUCCUCUGCAAACACAGCUUCCACCAGCGCUGUCUGCGCGGCGGCGAGGAUGACCGCGCCGAGUGUCCCAAGUGUGCUGGCGAGAACGACGUGAUCCGCAAGAUGCGCGAGGGACAGCGCGCCCGGGCGGAAAGACACGAGCUUUUCAAGGGCGAUCUGGAUGGGAGUGAUGAUCGAUUUGCGACUGUGGCCGAGUGGUUUUCUAGGGGCGUGAUGGAUGUCGAGUCUAAAGCGGAUUGA